UUUCAUUUUCUCCGUUCUCCGAGCUUUGAUACGUCGCAAAAGCAAACCCCCCUCCCUCCCGCGGCCCUUUCUCCAUACGCACAAGGGAGCCUUGCUACCAAACACCAGUUCAGAAGAGGGGGGAAAGAAGGGUGCUUGACUCAAGCACCGCACCCCAUGAUGGACGGGCCUCCGCGGCUUGCGGACUUGGCGGUUGGGCCUGCCGGUCGUGUCACAGCCGCAGGCAGUUACAGUUCCAGCGGCGACCACGGUCCCACCACCACGGCCGCCGCAAGUAGUAGCAGUUUCAGUGACACUGGAGGGAAAUUUGAUGUGGGUCACCAUCCAAGCGUUAGUUAUAGUUAUAGCGAGAGCAGCAGCAGCAGCAGCAGCAGCAGCAGCAAAAGCGCUCUCGGCGGUCAUGUCGGAGCCAGCCAAUCUGGUGCUGCCGUCCCGCGGUCGCCGGCCACCAACAACCCUGCUGCGUCCAGUAUCGACAAUGGCAUCUACUCGGCCGUCUCAGCACCAGGAGCAGGAGCAGGAGCAGGAGCAGCUGCAUCUGCUGCAGGAAGAAGGAGCAGCGGCGGAGCGAUGGUUCUCCCGUCCUCACUGUCGCUUUCCGCGCUCUCUUCGCUUGCGGCUGGAGGCUCCCUUUCACCGCAGGCGCUCUCGUCGACGGGGUCCCUAUCGUCGUCAUCGUCGUCGCUUCUUCAGGCCACGUCGUUGCUUCCCGGAUCUGCGGCGCAUGCCCAGCCGCUGCUGCAUUCUCAUCAGCCGUCGUCUCAUCCGCUUCACUCGAGCGCUUCGCCCUUGCCAAGUCACUUCCACCCAGCACAGUACCCGGCCGUCCCGUCGCAGUUCCACGGCUCCCAUCUCCAUCAGCAGCAUCCUGCUGCGUACACGCCACACGUCUAUCCUUCGCAGCAACAACUGCAGCAGGCCCAGUCGCCCGCGUCAGCACACCACUCCUUCACCGCGCCAUCGUCCACAGCGCAACCGCAGGGUUCGUCGUCCUCGUCGUCGCCUCCCAGUUUGGCCAUGUCCAGCGCCACACAGACCAUUCGGCGUCGCGCGCGGUCGUCUUCAUCGUCGUCAGUCGUCCCUCCAGGCGCCCUGUCGCGGUGGACGGGCGGGGCCGUCACCCCAACGGCCAUGUCGGCGUCCACCUCCUCAUUGACACGAUCCCACACGUCUUCGUCGUUGGCGUCGACGGCCAUGCAAUCAUCCACCUCUGUGACUGCGACAGGCUUUCUGCCGAGCAGUCUGGCUGGCUCUUCGCCCUCGUUGCUUCAUUCGCAGCAAUCUCCACCCACGACGACGACGAGCGUGCUGCGAAACAACCCCAGUAUCAACAGCAGCAAUAGUAGCAGCACCAGCAGUAUUAGCGUUUCAGGCAACAUGCCCAGUGGCAGUCUGCCUCUUUACAAGCCAAUGUUGGAGACAUUUCAACGCGAUUCAACGCUCUCCGAGCUGACCGAGCCCGCCGAUCACGACCAUGCGUUGGAUGACAGCAGCCAACUUGCGCUCGAGCUUGCUGCCGACUCGUACAUUCUAAGCAACAGCACCAGUUGCUCGUCGCUGUCCGCCAUGGCAGGACCUCCUCUGCCCAUCUCCUCCAAUCUGGACGAGCUCGUGCGCCGGUUUGAAGCGUCUCAAGUCAGCCCUUUCAGAUAUUUGACCGAAGACGACGACUCUGCUCGAACGACGAGUGAGAGUGAUUCUGAAACGAGGCGCUAUCAAUCUCCCUUGGAGUUGACAUGGCAGCGCGGAGACUUGCUGGGUCAAGGGGCAUUUGGCAAAGUUUACCGAGGUCUUCUGCCGACGGGCGAAUUUGUGGCCGUCAAGCAAGUCGAGCUCGAUCAAGAGCACUUGGGAGAAAUUCGGGCGUUGGAAAAGGAAGUUCGCCUGCUCUCUGCGCUCUCGCACCCAAACAUUGUUCGAUACAUUACCACGCAAACCGAUCAAGCCAAUCUGUAUAUUCUGCUCGAGUAUGUUCCUGGAGGCUCAAUUGCUAGUCUGCUGUCCAAGUUUGGGCUUCUCAACGUCGAGGUUGUGAGCAACUACACUCGUCAAAUCCUUGCUGGCCUGGUGUACUUGCAUGAUAAUAAUAUUGUGCACCUGGACAUCAAGGGUGCCAACAUUCUCGUUGACAACAAUGGCGUGAUCAAAUUGGCCGACUUUGGUGCUUCUGGUCGGCUGGCGGUGACCUAUUCCCUUAAUACUCGGGCCCUGCGCGGCACUCCAUAUUGGAUGGCUCCCGAAAUCAUCAGACAAGAGACGUAUGGAAAAUCCGCAGACAUUUGGUCCUUGGGUUGUACGGUCGUGGAAAUGCUCACGGGCAAGCCGCCAUGGUGCAAUUUCAAGGAUUACGUUCCAGCCAUGUUUCACAUUGCGACUUCGUCCAACAUUCCCGACAUUCCCGAAUCCCUGUCAGCAGAAGGCAGGAACUUGCUCCUUCAGUGCUUCCAACGCAUUCCCGAGCACCGUCCGACUGCUGCAAUGCUCAUCACUCACGAUUUUGUUCGGAUGCGAGGGCGCUCGCUUCACCGAUCGUCAUCGUUGAGUAGCCACUCGAGCCGAGCUUUGCCAAUACGCUCUCCGAGCUCGAGCAAUCUUGCGGGAAUCUCACACACUCAACUCGGGCGUUCGCCCUCCACGCGCACUCGGGCCCUCUCAAAUACAGACGUGAUUGUUGGACACACUUCCGCAAGCUCUUCACCAAGCACUCCAACCCAAAAUUCUGGUUUUGGAUACACAACCGCCGCUGCUGAAGAACAGACCGGUCUGUCUCGUCGACACGCCUCGCUGCAUGGCUCUGCAACCGAUAUUGCGGAAGAAACAGGCGGCGGGCCGACAAUCCCUCCGCGCAUCGCGGCGCUUGCAGGCGUUUCUCCCGCAUCGCGCACCAUCAGCGCGUCGCGCAAAUUGCGCAACAGCUUCAGCUCGCCGCUCGCAAUCGCCGGCAACGCGCUUCCAGAAGCGCUGCCCAUUCCUGUUGGAAUGAAUCCUCCUCCGGCAACCGGCCUGGCAGGCUCCACUGCAUCCAUGGCCGGGUCGGUCACGGCAUCGUCGGUCGGUGGCAUUGCCUACCCGCUUUCACCCAAGAUGACUCCACAAAAUCGGCUUCACCGUCUCGGCGGCCUGUCUGCAGAGGCCCUCGAAAGCAGCCCGCCUUUUGCACAGCAUGCAACUGCACAGUACACUCCAAGUGCACACGCAGCCGUGUUGGCACACUAUCUCCAGCAUCAGCGCACCCCUGGUUCCCAGAGCUCCCCUUUCGGCUCUGCCUCAAGUUCACUGAACGUUUCGCCCAGCGGCAGCAUUGACAGUGCACUUUACGCGUUUGACAUUGAGGGCAACGAGGCUCUUGAAGAUGUCCCCAACACCCAACCAGUGGUUCGCUUUUCCUCGAAAAAUUCAUCGCGUGGUUCGUUGGAAUCCGUUUUGGAUGCGUCUGAGCCCGCACCAGCAACCAUCCAUCCCGAGCAAUUUCCACGGCAACUUCGUCGCCGCUUGUCGGUGGAUCCAGCUGUUCGAGCUGAGCGUGCACGUUCUUGGGACGGCCAAGGCUUGCAGAGACGCGCGUCACUUCACUACCAUUCGCAACGCAACGUUGAGUCAGUCGCGGAUGGUCCGCUUCUCAACUGACAGACAAAGCCCCCACGCUUUACUACCCUGCUCCCACAUCAUUGUAGCGCUUGUAUUCUUCUCACAUUUUGUUUUUAACAUAAAUCCUAUUCGUUU